AUGGAGAGCCUCCCCCCGCGCCCUCUUCCCACAACGACGCAAAAAGCCGCCCCCGUCGGGGGAAGGCGGAAAGCAAAACCCCUCGUCCCCCUCCGUCCCUCGGAAACACCGCGGCACUGCCGCCCCCGACAGCGCCACGAGCCCCGGGUAUCCGCACGCAGUCUCCGCCCUAGAACUAUAAAGCAACGAGAGAAAAGCGAAGCGGCGACCCCCCGGGUGUCGGAGGGGUCCCGGGAAUCCCGCGGCAACACUGCUGCCUGCGGGGAGCGGGGACACGGCCCGGUCCCGCCGCCCACCCCGUCCUACCCGCGUCCCCCCCGGCCCCGGAAUGGAUGGGGGCGGCCCCCGAGUCCGGGAGGUGUAAAGGGCGCGGGUGCGGCCCCGAGCCACGCUCCGUCGGGGCACGUCGGGGCGCGGCGGUACCCGAGCACCGGCAGAUCCGGAGCGGACGUGUCCCUGCCCCGUGUACCCAUCGGGCCGGACCCUUCCAGCCGAAGCGAUAAGAGAGAUCCUUUCUCUCAGGCGGAAAUAAAGCAGAAGAGCGAUGUUUCCGAGGCUGCACUUCCACCCGAGCAGCGCCUGCAGAGCGGGGGUUGCAUUUCCCCGCCCGGUGCGGGCUCGGGACGGCCACGCGUGGUUCCCGCACCACCACCUACGGCCGCCGCAGCGCAGCUUUGCUAUGAAACAACACAACGCGAUGCGCCUUUUACCGGCAGACCCGCCUUUCUGCACCCCGAAGGGAGAAAAGAAAGAAAAAGAAUAAAAAAUAAAAGAAAGAAACGGAGUGAGCGGAGCGGCUCCGGCUCCGCGGGUCGGCAGCGCUGCGGACGGGGCUCCAGCCCCGGGGUGCGACGGGGCGGGCGGGGGCACAGCACCUACCUUGUCCCCGGUCUACGAAACUCGUGAUGGUGUUGGCCGACUUGGAGGACUGGAAGAAGCUGGCGUUGAUGCCCAGUUUCUCGGCGACGGAGUAGGUCCUGAAGAGGGACAGCAUGUACUCGUGGGGCUCCGCCCGCGGGGGCGUCCGGCCCCCGGGCUGUGCCCCCUGCCGCGGCCGGCUCUCCCGGGGGGAUCGCGGAGCCCUGCGGCCCCGCCCGCCCUUGGCCAGCUCUGCGGCGGCGGGGAGG